AUGGCAGAAGAGGCCAUGGACGCAAGUACAAAGCCAUCUUCUGGUGUAGCGCUUUUUCUUUGUGACGAGGAUGCACACACACCGGCAUUUGCACCAAUUCAACUCCAUGGCGACAUCACCCUAAAGGAGCUGGCGGAGGAGUACUGCAUCACUAGUGUGUUAGAGUGUGACUCCACCGGUUGCGUUCAGCCAAGGGCUGUGGCGCUGGAUUCUCCGUUAGAUACGCUGCGCGGCGGGAAGUAUUACAUUGCCCGACGGGACCUGCCGCGGGUUGGGUGCUCUCCUCGGGUAACAUUCCGUGGGAAGAUUACAGUUGAGGAGUUUGAAGCCGAUCACGUACUAGGGCGUCAGCAGCAGGGGAAAGAGAAGGAGAAUUAUGGGCCUGUGGCCCUGUCGGCGAGCACAACAACGGCUGCUAAUUCAAUUGCACCGAUAAAAUCAGCGACGCGGAAACGCCUUAGACACGAUGAGGAGUCCAAUGAUGACUAUGAUGAGGAUGAAUAUGAGAAGGGCACGAAUAUGGACGGAGAUGAUACGGAUGAUGAUGGUGUUAAUAUGAGCGACGUUAUGGAUGUAGCCAGGUGUGAGUUUGUGCCGUUUGUAGGUGACCUUUACGGCGAUGGGCGCGAGGCGAUGAUUCGGCUUGAAGAUGCCAAGCGACUGUGUGAAAAUGUCGAGAGCGACGAGCUCAUGUUUGCCGCACGGCACGCUGAAGCGGAGGAAAUUUUGGCUGAAGCGAAGCGGGUGCUUCUUGAGCUCACUCCUUGCGGUAAUACUGGUGGGAGUGUUGGCAUCAACUUGUGCUGA